AUGCGACUUUUCCAAUCAGGCCCGGCGUGGCUCCUCGUCCCCUUCGCUUGUGCAGCGUAUGCAUUGUCUAAGAGGGAAUCAUGCGGUCAAUGGGAUACAAUUCCUGCAGCACCGUAUACCAUUUACCAAAACCUCUGGGGUGCAAAAGACGCCACAUCUGGAUGGCAGUGCUCUGGCUUAGACUACCAGUCCGGAGACCUCGUGUCGUGGAACACUGUGUGGGACUGGCAGGGAGGUCCAGGCCAGGUCAAGUCUUACGCCAAUAUUGAGUUGAAAUUCAACGCAAGACAGUUGAGUUCAGUUUCAAGUAUGCCCACAACUUGGCGAUGGAGUUAUACUGGCUCAAAUAUCGUCGCCGACGUGUCAUAUGAUAUUUUCACCAGUAACUCUCCUGACGGUUCUUUGGCAUAUGAGAUCAUGAUUUGGCUUGCUGCGCUCGGUGGGGCAGGUCCAAUCAGCAGCACGGGCAAGCCUGUUGCCACAGUCGAGAUUGCUGGUACAACCUGGGACCUCUUCAAAGGGCCAAAUUCCUCUUGGACCGUCUUCAGUUUCGUUGCCCGGACCGAGCAGACUUCCUUCAACGCUGACCUUCUUGACUUCUUCGAAUACUUGAUCCACUACCAGGGGAUGCCUGCUGCACAGUAUAUGAGCGGCAUCGCUGCUGGUACUGAGCCAUUCUCUGGGUCCAAUGCUCAGUUGACGACCUCAGAAUACGUUCUCAGCAUCCACUGA